CAGAGGCUCAUUUCACAACUUACCAAGGGUCAGCUUCCCUUGACACGUGUGAGCUCGGUCCUCUCUGCUCCUCACCUUGUGCCAGCUCCCACCCAGAAGGCCCCCCAGGCAGCCUACGGCAUGAUCUCCAUCACUGAAUGGCAGAAGAUUGGUGUGGGCACCACUGGCUUCGGCGUCUUCUUCGUCCUCUUUGGAAUACUCCUGUACUUUGAUGCAGUGCUCCUGGCCUUCGGAAACCUCCUGUUCCUGGUGGGCCUGUCCCUCAUCAUUGGCCUGAGGAAGAUGCUCGCCUUCUUCUUCCAGAGGCACAAGCUCAAGGGGACCAGCUUCUUCCUGGGAGGUGUGGUCAUUGUGCUCCUGCGCUGGCCCCUUCUGGGCAUGUGCCUGGAAACCUACGGAUUCUUUAACCUCUUCAAGAGCUUUUUCCCUGUCGCCUUUGGCUUCCUGGGCAAUGCCUCCAACAUCCCCUUCCUGAGUGCGCUGUUCCAGAGGCUUCAAGGUGCAAGCUCAAUGGUCUGAACAGUGGAGAUGAGCUCCUUGAACUUGGAUCUUUGAUUAAGGGGCUGGAAAGGAAAUGGGGGCCACUCCCUCAGGCCCCGACCCUGCACUGACUCAUCUCCCAUCAUACUCGGACCUCUCCAAGUCCAGAAGGAAGGAUGGAGACAAGUGACUGACUUCAAAUCCCCAAGUCAACUCAAGAGGCUGUCAAGACGACUGGGAGCAAAGAUCCAGGGCCCCGUAGAGAGGGGCCUGGGGCUGGUAUCACACCCUGCGCUGUAUUUAUGGGAGGAAAGGGAAGGAUUAAACCCCUGAGCUGUGAGUGUG